CGAGUGGUUACAAUAUUAUGCGCGAUGACAUCGCACUGCUCGAGGUGCAUGAGAAGCACCCUCCGUCUUUCUCAGCAAAUCUCUAUCCUGACUACUGGACUCUCAAUCACGGACCCAAGUUCUCAUAUAAUAAUUCUGUUUCGUCAAUUCUGGAAGAUAUACGGGCCUUCAGGAUACCUACUGACUUCAUUAAAGUUUUCGACGAGGCAGGUAUACAGUAUUAUAAUGGGUGCUUAAUUGUUGAACUCUUGGAUUUCCGACCUGCAAGGGCGAAGGAACCAGUACUGGAGAAGCCAGAUAAGCAGCGCGUAGUACUGCGACCUAACGCUGAAACAAUAUGGGCAGACAUUUGCAACAUGAACGAGAAGACGGGGUCGAAAUGGUCAGAUAUGGAUGCUCUACUAGUCGAAUCAAAGAUUCUGUUGUGUACUUCGGCUCCGUUAUGUCUGGAUCCGGAUCCGUCUUUGACACGAGUUGUUAAUAGUAUUCUCCGUGUCUCCACGCCAAACGUUCCGAAUUCACUAAAACGCAAGGCAACUGCUAUGGUUGACAUCGAAGAAGACGAAACCGAGAAGGCCAAACGUGCGAAGAUUAUGCAGUUCAUGAAUCCGCAAUUUAGCAAUACGCAUAAGCCAUUUCAUCCUAGUUAUAAAAUUCUCUCAGUUAUGGAACAGAAGCGUGCAGCGGCAGCCUCUCAGCAGACCUCACAGCCUGCGACGACUACAUCAGUUCCAAACAACAUAUCUUCUGGUACUAUGGCUCCGCAGAACCUGACUCGCCAACAAGCACCUGAAAAACCUUCAGCGCCUGUCGCGCCUAUCGCACCCACACUUACCACGUCGUACUCACAAACAAAUACGAACACGAUUCCACAACCCGCACCCACCACAGUCCCCCAGACGCAGGCGCCACCUGCUAUUGAUCCUGCCCAUAGGCAGUCGCCUUCAAAACAACAGCAAUCCGCAAGUCAGCCUCUCCCACAACGCCCACCGUCGCAAACUGCCGCUCCGCCGCAGGCGAGCGCGGUUAGCCAACCGCCUCAAGCUCAAGUUCCUCAGCCAACUCGACCUCAACCGACUCAGUUCAACCCCCCAUUACCUCCGGCCAAUUUCCUCAACCCUGCUCUUCCCCCUGGUCGGCGCCGACCUUCGACAGUUGUUAAACCUAGCACUCCUGCUGUUGCGACCUCUUCGCUGCCGACUCAACAACCGGUAAAUCAGAGUCAACCGCAGACUCAAACACAAAUACCGACGCAGACUCCGGUUCAAUCUCAACCGCAAACACAACCGCAGCCAGCAUCGCAACCACAACCGCAGCAGCCCGCACCACAGCCAAUUGCACAUCCAACGCAGGUACAGGCACAGGCUCAACCGCGUCUCGCACAGAUUCCUGCAAAUAUGGCACAAUUCUACCAGACCGGUAGACCAACAAUGGCCAUGACACAGGCUGCAGCUGCGACCAUUGCAGCGCAGAGACAGGCACAGAGUGGUCGAAACACGCCUAUUACUGUGAACAACCCAAGUUCCUCGCCCGCACCACCUCCGUCGGCGCUAGCACGGAGCCCUAUGGUACCGCCGGCUGUAGCUGCAGCGAUGAUGUCAAGGCAGAGCACACCGGUAGCAACAAGCAACCAAGUCAUGCGUGGUAGUCCGCUAGUUGGAAGUCACCCAGUUGUCGCACGGCCAGUUGCAGGACAGACACCAGCUCCAGUCCAACAGCAACCCCAGCAACCUCAGCAGCCGAUCCCGGGCAGCCAGGCGAUGAUGAUGCAACCAGGUGCGAGCGCGAAUCCCCAGGCAGUCCUCCAGUACCAGCAGCAACGUAUGGCCAUGUAUAGGUCGCUACAAGCGCAGGCGGCCCACGCACAGGCAAUGCAUCAAGCGCAGAUGCAACAGCAAGGUCAUGUGUCACCGGCGCCGCAGCAACAGCAGAAUCCACAAGGUGGCAAUACCCAAACAAUCCAGCAGACCGCGCACGAUCAAGCUCCCAGAACACAGCAAAACUUCGCCGGCGUCCAGAUGCCUCUCAAUUAUAUGCAUAUGGGCCAAAUGGGCCAGAUGGGUCAGAUGGGUCAGAUGGGUCAGUUGACUCUACAGCAGCAACAGCAAUUCCUUUGGGCCCAGGCCCAGGCCCAGACUCAGCGAAGCAUGGGUCGAGGAAUGCCCCAAGUCGGACCAAACGGGCAGCAACAGAUGCCAACUAUGCCUGCAAACAUGACACUCCAGCAAUAUCAGCAAAUGCAGGGGUUGGGACGUGGUGGAGCCCCACCGAAUCGAUGAAUGUUAUUCUUUCCACUUUUUCUUUUCCAAUUUGCCAUGUAUUUCAAUCUGUGUUUCCUCGUCAUGCUUGCGUCCGGACAGGUGUUAACGUAGAUGUACCUCAGUGUAUCUUUAUCUCAGCUUCUUCGUAACGAACAACGCCAUGAAAUGCUCCCG